GCAUUCUCUCCCCUCUCUCUCGGAUCGACCGACGGACACGCUUCGUUUCCUCCUCAGCUGCCGCCAUGGUGUUCCAAGUGACGCUUGCGAUGGUCAAGCCCGACGCAAUCGACCGGGCUGAUGAUAUCGUUGAUCGUGUGCUGGCUUCUGGCUUGGCCGUUCUGAAUCGUCGUCGAGUGCGCCUGACUCUGGAGCAAUCGACCGAGCUUUACAUGGAGCACUACGGCAAAAGCUUUUUCACGGAACUGGUCGCUUUCAUGAGCAGUGGCCCCGUUUUGGUCAUGGUGCUGGCCGGCAAUGAUGCUGUCAGUGCCUGGCGUGACCUGAUCGGCCCCACCGACUCCGUCAAGGCCCGCGAAGUGGCACCCAAAUCGAUACGCGCACUGUUCGGCACAGACAACCGCCUGAACGCGGUACAUGGUAGUGACUCUCUGCUCAGUGCAUACCGGGAAAUCAAGUUUUUCUUUCCAACCUUUGUCGUUGCAGAUACACAAGAGUCUGGCUCGAAUGCGCUCAGCUCGGGCACCGAUUUUCUGGAACGAGAGGUCAACCCGACCCUGAUCCGGGGCUUGACGGCCUUGUGCAAAAACAAGCCGGCUGACCCUGUUCGGUGGUUGGCCAAUUGGCUGGAAGAGAAUAACCCAAAUGCGCCUCGUGUGCAGGAACCCGACGAGUAAUAACUUGACUUUUUGCCAGUGGUGUUGCUAACUCUUGUUGCUUUGUUCUUUUCUGAUGUGUGCGCGUGUGUGCGCACGAAACUUGUGUUUUGCUCGUGUGCCGUUGGUCUUGUUCCUGUUUCCAUGUUGUUUCAUGACACUAGAGUGGGGUUUUUGAUGCAGCUGUGCUCCUUGCCCACCCAUUCUAAUUCACAGUGGUAUUGG